AUGACCUCCCAAUCUCACAAAAAGAUCGCAAGCGCUGGCACGAGCAAGCCUGGUAAGGCUGUCAACCUGGCUAGGCCAGUGAGAGCAACGAGGAGAAGUGAACCUGAAACAAGUGAAUCCAAAUCUUUCACCAGUGGCUACACUGAUAUCAGAGAGCUUUUGUUGAGUCUUGCAACUGAAGAAUCUGCUGGAGCGCCAGUCAUCAUCGAAGACGAAGACGAAGAAGAAGAAGAAGAAGAAGAAGAAGAUGCAGAGUCGAUUGUCGAAGACGAGGUUGACCAAGCAAGCACCAAGGCUGUCAGCGACGCAGAUAACGAUCCUGAUGAUUAUCAGAAGUCUCUCAAGACCUUUGAGGAUGAAAUGGCCGUAACGAGCGCAGGUCGUACUGCCGGUUGGAUCAAGUCCCUUGACGUUCCUCACUCCAGCUUGAAGCGCAAAGCUACUCGCUCGCCCUCUCCAGCUCGCUCUACUCACCGCCUCCACUUCGACACUGGAUCACUAUUGUCCGUCCCCGAAGAUGAGGUGACUCCGAAUGAGACUCCUAGAUUCUCCGACCAGACUCACACGCCAGCAACUCCCACCGCAGACGACUGUUACUCCGAGCCAUCUCCAACACCAUCUCCUCACCCCAGUGACGAGGCCGUCACAGCUGGCAAGGAAGUCACCAAAGCCCACAAAGACACCCUCAGAGCCCACAACGAGACCAUUGAAGUUCGCAAAGCCGAGAAACAACCCGCCGCCACAGCCGAAAAUACUCGCAAAAAGGCAGAAACAGCCCAUGAAGCACAAGAAAAGUCCAAUGCCAAGUCAACUCCAGACCAAACAGCCAUGGUCAACAUCGCCCUAUUCGUCAACGCAAUCAACGCCACGCACCCAACUCAUCCUGAAAAUGCCGCCACAAACCCACCUCGUUCCGGAAACGCCGCAGAAAAAUUCUCCAGCGUCGCUAACCAAAUGCUCAAUCGCCAACGCACGUUUGUCGAAAGCUUUGAGACGUGGGAGAGGGAGACGUAUGACCCUGGUGCUUAUGAUCCAGCUAGUACGCGAGCAUUGAGAACGUUUAUCCAUGGAUUGAGAGGUGGGGUGGAUGAGAUGCAGGGGUAUGCUGAUGAAUUUGAUACCUUGAAGGAGAAGUUUGAGUGA